CGCCGUCGCUAGAUGGCAGUAGUUCCGUUCCUCGAUCAAAGUUUUCAGGUCAAAGUUGAAAGUUGAAACAAAUCGGUUGUGCUUUCCUUACGUUGGCUGAAAAAUGGCUAAACAUCAUCCAGACUUGAUUUUUUGCAGAAAACAAGCCGGUGUUGCUAUCGGGAGACUCUGCGAGAAAUGUGAUGGAAAGUGUGUCAUCUGUGAUUCGUAUGUGAGGCCGUGCACACUGGUGCGCAUCUGUGACGAGUGUAACUACGGCUCUUACCAGGGACGCUGUGUGAUCUGUGGCGGGCCGGGUGUGUCUGACGCCUACUACUGUAAAGAGUGCACCAUCCAGGAGAAAGAUAGAGAUGGAUGUCCGAAGAUCGUAAACCUGGGCAGCUCUAAAACAGACCUGUUUUAUGAAAGGAAGAAGUAUGGCUUCAAGAAGAGGUGAAGAUGCCACUGCUCGGCCACUGUUUUAGUUAUUCAGCUUUUGCAAACUUUCUUUACAACUUCAAGAAACCUUUUUUGACUUGUCAAUAAAACUCAGUUUUAUAUUU